AUCUCAAUUCGUCAACAUCAUUGGCAGUAAAGAGAGAGAGAGAGAGGGAGAGAGAGAGAGCGAGAGAGAGCGAGAGAGAUGAGUGUGAGGCGUUUUUGAUGUUUUCCCGUCUUCUAAAAGGACUAUUUCCAUGCGUGACUCUGGAGUCCGGGCUUGACCGCAGCGGCAACUUUUCAAAAAUUGUUUCCCAAUUUUUUUGUGGCUUGUUUUGCGCGUGAACGCCGUCCGGAGACCCGCAGUCGCGUGGAGUUUUAACCUACAGACAGUGGAUAAGCAGAAGGCCGAUAUCCAGGUGUGUGCUGGGGUGUGUGUGUAAGGAUGAUGUCAUAUCUGAAGCAGGCCCCAUACGCCAUGAACGGGCUGGGGCUCGGGGGCGCGCCCAUGGACCUGCUGCACCCUGCGGUGGGAUACCCAGCUAACCCUCGGAAGCAGAGGCGGGAGAGAACCACAUUCACUCGCACCCAGCUGGACAUUCUGGAGUCUCUGUUUGCUAAAACACGUUAUCCGGACAUUUUCAUGCGCGAGGAAGUGGCUCUGAAGAUCAACCUGCCUGAGUCUAGAGUGCAGGUUUGGUUUAAGAACCGGAGAGCCAAGUGUCGUCAGCAGCAGCAGAGCGGCAGCAGCAACAGCACCAAAAUCCGCCCAGCGAAGAAAAAGGCCUCGCCGUCCCGGGAAAGUCCUGGCUCAGAGAGCAGCGGCCAGUUCACCCCUCCAGCCGUGUCCAGCGCCAACUCUUCUUCGUCCUCUUCCUCAUCCUCCUCUUCCUCCUCUUCAGGCUCGAACCCCUCAGGGUUGGGUGGACUGGGCAUGAGUGGAAGCUCCGUCUCUGGUGCCACACCCGUUUCGUCCAUUUGGAGCCCUGCUCCCAUUUCUCCCCUCCCGGCCCCACCCACUCUUCCAGACCCUGCACCCCCGACCAGCGCCUCCUGCAUGCAGCGCAGUGUCUCCGCAGCAACUGGAGUGCCCUCGUACCCUGUCUCCUACAACCAGGCAGCCGGUUACAGCCAGGGUUACCCAGCUGCUGCUUCCGGGUCGUAUUUUGGAAGCAUGGACUGCAGCUCAUAUUUGCCGGCCAUGCAUGGCCACCCGCACCAUCAUUCGCAUCACACGCAAAUCGGGUCCAUGUCGGGUGCCGGAGUGUCCGGGCACCAUCACGCGCACCACCCGCAUCACCUCGGGCAAAGCAGUGGGCACCACCACCCGCACACCCACCCGCACGCUCACCCACACCAGGGCUAUGGCAGCUCUGGGCUCCCAUUCAGCUCCACAGACUGCGUGGAUUAUAAAGACUACAAAGACCAGCAGGCAGCUGCUGCCGCUGCGUCGUCAUGGAAACUGAACUUCAGCUCAGACUGCUUGGACUAUAAAGACCAGGCUGCCUGGCGCUUUCAGGUUUUGUGAGUUUGUUUUGUUUUUUGCUAGGGUUGAUUUUUUGUUUGUUUGUUUAGAAACUUUUUCGAACCCCACAUAUGAAACAUAUGAUAUGAAAAAGUUGAAAUGUGACUUUAACGCCCAGGUUUGGAGGCUCCAGCUUUCCCAAAUGGAUUCCUAGCUAGAACAAAAACAGUGGAGAUGUCUUAGUGGUGGUGCAGGACAAAUUUUUAUAUAUAUAUACAUAUAUUUUUGGGGGGGCAUCAAAGCAUGGAUACCUGCUGCCUUUGCCUCUGAACACUUUCUGUAACCUUCACCAAAGUUUCACUCAAAAAAAAGAGGUCAGAAAGUCAAAUGUAACCUAGCCGGUCGUCUUUUAAUAGGCCAUAAUUGGGUUUUUGAAGAUCUAGUCAAACUGACACUAUCAAGAACCAGAUCGUCGCGGUGACGUCACAGGCUGAAUGUGGCCGAAGUCCUCUUCAAAUUUUACUCUCCACCUUAAAUAGUGGAUUUCUUUCUGGUACGUUUUUGCAUGAAUGUAGCAGAAUAAAACUGCUGGACUAUUUAAGGUGGAACAGAAUAUGUGACUUGGAAUAAACUUGUUGCUGUGAGUGUGCUGUGUGUGUAUGCGUAUGUGUGUGUGCGUGUUAGGGUGUGUGCGCGUGUGUGUAUGAAGACUAAUAAUUCUGUGAUCUUAACUCUCUUUGUGAAAAUGAGCUGAUACGUUUUGCAUUAUGUUCAUUAAAUAAACUAAAUAAAGCUGAA